AUGACAGUCUACCUCCUCUCAAAAAUCGGCGACCCCAUCUUCGCCGUGACAAUGGGCAUCGCAGCAUCCCUCUCCCGCAUCCGCCGCGAACAAAUCGAAAAGACCCCAGAGAAAGCCUCGGAGAUCGGAUACGGGACUGUCGUACAACUGGGUCAACGACGAUUGCAGCGGUGGUGGAAUGGAGACUUUAAAGAUCUUUGA